UAAGCAACGUAUUUUAUCAACAGCUAACUCGUUAUUACAGCAAGAGAUCUAGAGGUAAGAAAAAGAAACAUUUGAUUACCCCUUUUUAUGAAUUGUUCGCUUUUCCCAAUGACUUUUUCCAAAUACUACGCUUGCCUUUGAUACGGUACCUUAUAAUAAUAAUAACCAGUAUUUAUACCGCGCACAUAUCAAAAAGAAAUCUCGUGGCGCUUUGAGAACCAGCUACCUCUCAAGGAAUCCCAGCGCUAUGGGACAGCAUUUAUUGAAGCCAGUAAAGAAAAACCCGAGAUAAAUCUACACACUUGUUUUGUUAGAAUAUCUAAAAUACUGGCAAGUUUUUCUCUACCCCUUUUUUUACAUUUACCAACAGGAACUUUGCCAAAAUGUUGAAGGUAAUGAUGAUGAUGAUGAUGUUAUGGCAGUUGGUGAGUCUUGUUCUCGCUGAUCACUCGUUUUCACCAAUGGAUGAUGAAAAAACUCCCGCAGGUAAAUACUUAGUAAUGACUAAUAACAACUUUCUUCUACUCCGGCGAGAUAAUUACGUUUGCCUUCGAUGCGUUCGCUGUAGACUGGAUCAACUAGGUGUUUUUGAAAAGUUUCACUUGCUUUCGUGAGUUUAACUAUGGAAAGUUCACCUUUCUCACACGGAUUCUUUUAAGAUUAAUGAUGUAUCUUUAAUCUACACCAGUGAUAAGGGAGAUCUAGGAAAUAGAAGAACUAUCUUUUUGCAUAUGAAAAUAGAAAUUAAUCAAAAAUUCGGUUUUUAGAGUGAAAGCUAUUUUAAAUAGCUAUUUUCAAGCGCGGAAAAUGGUACAUAAUCUUUUCUCUGAAGGAGAAUCUGUUUUAAACUGAAAAAUGGUCCAGGGGAACCUUUAUUCAUUUCAAUUUGAAAGUUGCUCGUCGAAGUUGAGUUCAAAAUUGGCGCGUUUCGAGCUAGCUAGCCAUUGUCUCGAGCCCAGACAUGAAUAACAAUGCACCUGUCAAACAAACAACUCCCAUCGUGAUAACCCGCGCACUUGUAUAUUUAUUCACAAAUUCAUCAUGCAUCAGUUGUCAUACCUUAGCCGGUCUUGUCGACCGCAAAAAAAUUUUUCGCGAUGGGGGCUCUUUCAGUAGCCGUUGGAAACCGUUCACACGGUUGUAAAUUAUUAACAGAGUCACGAAGAAUUAUUUACGCUUUAAAAGAUCUUCAGACAAACUUUUGCCCGUUUCAACUUAUGAAAAUACUGCCACCUACUAUAUGAUGAAAAACUCCAAAUCAUUUUUAUAUUGUUAUUAAAAAUAUUUUCGCUCUGAAAAGAAAUAUUUUAAGCGAUCUGACCAUCCUACAAGAGACACACGUUGUCUCAGAUAAGAUGCCAAUGUCUCACUCACCUUAACUUCAAUAAAAAGGAAAACAGCUCCAAAUAAACUCUUUCAUAGUCACACUAUAUAAGAGAGUGAGAUUAAUAGUCGCGUGGAGGUUGUAGUGAAAACAAAAAAAAAAUUUGGAUCUUGCUUUCACUUGUAGUCCACAACGGGAAGAUGCCAUAGAUGAACCUUAGGUAGACGACAGAUUUUGUAGGGGCUGGAUGUUUGCAGCGUUUUCUAAGAAAUCGAGCAGCUAAACACUUUGGAUGAUCCAAUCCCGAGCAGAAAAAAUUGCAGUUUGUAAUUACGUUGAAGGUUGCAAUGACGUGACAUGCUAAGAGAUUUUGGCAUCAAAUUAGUCUCCGACAGAAGCGCGGGCGCAAACGAUCCUUUCAGGCUUUAGCAUUUGAAUAGCCAGCUGUCAAAAGUUCAAGUAUAGCCCACUAAUUUCAGGCAACGUUUUUUUUUUGUGAGCAACAGAAGGAACCUGUAAGUAACAUAUCAGUGGUGAACUAUAUGAUUUCUGUUUAUUAUGUUGACCGGAGCCUCACGCUUAAGACUGCUUUGUAAUUAAAAUAUAUCUUAGCAGAAUUCACAGAAAGUGUGCUGUGUUCAUCAUCUGACAAAGCAAAAUAGAUCUUACGCACGAUGAUGUCGCAUACUGAAACUCGCCCCCUUCGUUUGCACUGAUAUUUUCAUGAACCUUUGCCGCUCCCUCUUUGUUUUUGUGCGAUGGCUUUUUUCAAUUUGUCUUGGGAAAUAUUCCGAGUUAAAUUUGGUUAAUCCAUACUUUGAAAGUGAGGCUUGGGGGUGAAACUGAGUAUUUCAACGGGAACAUUUAUAAAGCUUAUUUUGGAAAGAAGCCGACUUUUAAAAAGAGUUCGAUUUAUCUCGUACAGAUCUCCACGGUCCCCCCCCCCUCGCUGCCUUCUUUGUUUCAUACCAUACAAAUGUAACUGUCAUAUCAUCAAUAAAAGAUAUCGUCGAUUUUAACGCUACUUAUCAACGGUUUUAUUUUCCUAUUUGAAGAAAAUCAAUGUCCUACUUGUCAAGGAGAUAACGAAGUUGAUUGUAACAGCAAAAUCACGAUGGUAGCUUGUCCCAAAGAAGCGCCAAUAUGUACAGUGUACAAAAGUAUCUAUGAUGAAUUCAGUCGUCACUGCGUCAGCCAGGCGGAAUAUAACCACAUCGCGAGCGAGUGCGAGAGAUACCGCGAUUGUUCAAUGUUGAAGUACGGUAAGUGAAAGGGCGCGGCUUACGUACAACCGCUUAGUAUUGAUCUGUUAUUCACACUUGUUAUUUGGCAAAAUUUUCAGUAGACUCCAAUUAUUUGAAUUUCAUAGCUAACGAGAAUCUCCUACCACCUCCUUAAUCAGAGUUCUGCUCCUUUUCUUCCAUUUGACUUUCUCUCUUUUUCUUUUGGUUCAAAAAAUGUCAUUAGUGGGAAAAUAACACUUGAUACGGAAUGAAAUUUCAGGAAAGAGAGAUGAGUAAUGUCCAUACAGCAUCGCCCAUGGAAGUCGUCAAGACUGAGGGGAUAUCAUAUUUAACUCUACUUAAUAACGAUUUUUUUCUUCCUUGUUUAAAGUGUUUCAGUGCCCAACAUGUAUCGGCGAGGGAAAAGAUGAAGCCACAGCCAAAGCUAAUUGUGAUAUCAAUAUAAAGAAGAAAACCUGUAGCAGGAAGACGCCAGUGUGUGCGGUAUAUUACAUUCCUGAGUUGAGAAAAUUCGCUCGUCAUUGCAUGAACCAAAUUCUUUACGACAAAACCGUGGACAAAUGCCAAAGCAAGGGGUGCAAAGCCGAAAAAUGCACUCAGCCGGGAUGCAUGGGAGGAGAGAUGCCAGGUAUGAAUGUGUUACCCUUUUGUACCAAAGGAAUUCUAAAAACAAAAUUUACACUUGAGUUAACGUGGAAUAAGAACGGUAAGCUGCGAGUACUUGUCCAUACCUAAAUCAAUCCUUCGAAUAUCGGUGCGUGGGAUAAUUGUUCGAUGCACUGAGGGGAUAACAAAAAAAUUAAUCACCGAUUUAUUUUCUCACAAACCAUCUUCUUCGGAGUUGGACUGGUAAAGAGUGAAUAAGGCCAAAUAGAAGACCGAUUUUUUUUGAAGCAAAUGUUAUGAGCAGUUCAUCCUCUUUGGAUUUUAUUUCGUAAUAUUCUUAGUUUGUUAUUUGAAUUUUAAUGCCCAUCACGAACAAAGCUUAAGCUUAAUCAUUGCUUAAUCAGUUUUUCUUCCCUUUUUUCAACCUACGUUCGUUAUAAACAGAACUGGAUGGGGAAUGAAUGGACAUUGAUAUUUUAGGUGAAAAAGCCUAUUUUGUAGAAUAAAUUAAAUACGCUUGUUCACUAAACGUUCAGCUGAGAAUCCACUUUCUCAACCUAUAAUUCGUCAAGGAAAGAACGGGAAAAUCAAUCGGUUUUUGUUUUUUUUUUUUUUAUCACGGAGCCGAUUACCAAAGUUGAAUUCACGAUAGGUUUCCCAGCAUUUCUUCUUUUCCUCAGUAUUUGAAGGAAUUCAAUGCCCUUCUUGUGAAGGCAAGGACGAAAAUGACUGCGAUAGCCAAAUUAAGAUGGAGAUUUGUCCAAAAGAGACGCCGACAUGUGCAGUGUACACAAGCGAUAAGGGUCAUUUCAAUCGUGGUUGCGUCAACCAAGCGGAAUAUGAAACUUUAUUGAACAAGUGCGAGGAACACGGCGAUUGUACCAUAAGAAAGUACGGUAAGUCGUAGAGCGUGUCUCAAGUAGAUAUUGAUCAAUUAUCAACACUUAUUGAAGCAAAUUAUUCCUUUUUACUGCAUGGCUUUUAAAAAGCUUGUUGCCGUGCGAUAUAACGAGCGCUCUGAUUGACUAAGAACGGGAUCAGAGCAGGGAAUUAUAUGGCGGUAAUGUCCACGGGUCGAUUAUGGAUUAUGCAUAUUAGAAAGAGCAAAAAAAAGUCAGACAAGUUCCGCGGUGGUUCUUUUCGCUUUUUGAAAGUUCGAGCGCAUGAAAACGACGAGGGCCGAUUAACAGCCAGAGAGAAUAGACUCAACAAACAACUUGAGUUUUAGAAAAAUGGUGAGAUUGUGCUGAAAGGGGCAAGCCGGUUAACAAACUGGAAUACAUUCAAACUUACAUUUAAUAUAAGAAAAAAAAUUCGCAUCGGAAAGCUAAAGAGGCUGUUUUUGACUUACCACCUGGUUACCUUGAAGGGCACAACUGAGGAAUAAUCAGUUUGCCGGUCGUAUAUAAAGCUUAAAUCGCUAAGUGGAAACCACCACCGGUAGAACUUUCAUGUAUGCUUAGCAGACACCCGCCAAAAAAUCUGAUAGUCUCAACAAUUACCGAAAGUUUAAAUUUUGUUAAGUGCUAGUUAGCUUAUUAGUGCUCGUCAAUAGAUUCGUUCGCUAUUAAAUAACCAAGUUUAAAUCAGCUUCCAGGAACAUCAGAUGUAAACAAUCGAGCAGUUUAAUUGCUGUUACAACAGAAACUGGAGGAUACUCAAGAAGUUUCUCUCGUACUCUCCAAAUUUCCCGCGUACUUCCGCAACUCGAUAUACGCACGCUAAGCAUGGACCAAUUCUUUAUUGGCAGCAGUAUUUCUGAUUACUUCGUGUAUUUUCAGAUGUUUAGAAGGCUUGUAAAGCUAUUUGAACGAUAAAUCUUAACGAAGGCGAAGAUAUGUUGUCGAAAGCGAGGGCGGAGAUUGAAAUAUUCUGAACAGUGCAUUCCAGAGCAUUCAGUUGUAUUUUCUUUCAUUAAGGGCCGGACGUGACUGAACUAUUUUGAAACAUUUUUAUGUCUUUUCUGUACGCGCUUCAGAUGACCGUUUGCCUUGAAAAUGAAGUUGUGACAUCACUAUACUGAAAUACUUUUUUUAAGGCUCUGGGAGUCAUUUUUCCCGAAAAUAAAUAAGUUUCUUGACGGUAUACGUGAUACAGUGGUAUGGUUCACUGAUUGCGUAGUUUUAUUGUAUAAAAUUCCACCGAUUGGGAAAAUAAAAUUUUAAGCCCCUUUCAAACAACCCUAAUAGUCACUAUACGCGCGUGAUAGUUGAAACUACCAUCCACAGUGGAUGGUUUUUCAACUAUCACGCGCGUUUGAACACGAACUAUCAUGCGCUAUCAUCGACUAUCAUCAACUAUCAUGUAGUUUGGACAUGUUUAAAUUCGACAUGAUGGUUGAUGAUGGUUUUUGAUGUUUGAACGAGCGGAUGAUCUUAGUAAACGACAGGUUUUUCGGUCAACAGUUUUGCCAAAACGGGCUCAAAUCGAAAAGCAAAUAAAACUAAUUACUAACUAAAGUAGACGUGAGUCAAAAUUUCCUAGAAUGUCUCGUUCUUCAUUCUCAUUAUCUCCUGGGAGGCUUCAGUAUCCGCUUUAAAUCGCAACUUCCUGGGUAAAAUUUUAAAUCCCACCAAAAUUGCUGAACUCAGCGCGUGCCUUAUUUGUUAAUAAUAACGUAGUCUCACUGCGUGAUUUUGGCAACCAUCGCCAACCUAUCAUGAACCGUUUGAACGCAAACAUGAGAGUCUAUGAUAGUGACUGAAAGUUUGAACUAUCGUCAACUUUCAUCAACCAUCAUGACCAUUUUAACGGGGCUCUAAAGGGUGCCAAAUGUUGUCUUUUUUUUUUUUGCCUUUUACAGAGUUUCAGUGCCCUUCCUGUAGCGGCAUGGAAGGAAAUGGCAAAACUGCUGAAGCCGAUUGUAAUGAAAAAAUCAAGAUGGAAACCUGCACCCAAAAGCACCCUAUUUGUGAGGCAGUUUCGGAUAAUUUGGGUACAUUCACUCGUAAUUGCACCAACGAAAUGGAUCACAGUAUCACGAGGAACGACUGUAACUUUUUCCAAGACUGCAAAGCGUCAAAGUGCACUGAGCCCCGUUGUAUGGCUUAGCCGAGUUAUUUUCUUGUGUUUCAGGUACCGAGUCGUCAUUCUCUUUGGGAUGCCACAAUAGAAAAUAAUACUCCUCUGUGUUGUUGUCGUUGAUAUCUUUAAUUUCUUCUGCUACUAAUUCAAUUUAGAGUUUCUUUUCGGUAGAUAAUAUUUCUUAAUUAACUUUCAAAUCCUUUUAUUUUCAUGUAUUGCAGACUUGCGUGUUAUCCUCCCUUGAGCACGAUAGAGAUGAGGAGAUUUCAUGGAAAAAAACGCGGAACUCAAUGUGUGCC